GUAACUUUUACUUUCCAAAGAUUUUCAUCCUGCCUCAAACCUCCCAUGGAUUUCCUCUUCUCACCUGCUCAGGGCUUCAAGUUUCCAAACCUGAUGUAAUAUCCCAUUUGGAGAAAGAUGUCCCAACAGGCACAUUUCCAGAUUGGAAGACAUGGACUGAGAUGAAGCAUUCAACUUCAAAGAAAUAGAUUUACAAAGAAUCAUCAUUCCAGGGCAUAGUAAUGGAAAGAAUUGAAAUGGAUGAAUCUUGGAAUUCUGAGUUGGAAGAAACUUUGGAAUUUGAGGAUAGUAUAGAGAGCCUACAGGGAAACCCCAACAAACUAUUGCAUCAAGUGAUAAUGCAUAGGAAAACUCUAACUUGGGAGAAAGACCCUGACUAUAAUGAAUUGGGGGAAAGCCUCAAUCUGAGCUCAAACCUGGUAACACAGCAAAGAAUUUUUACAGGAGAGAAACCUGAUAAAUAUACACAUGAAAAGAACUUCAAACAUAAUUUGGAUAUAGUUAAACAUCAAGGAAUCAAUACAGACAAGAAAUCUUGUAAAUGUAAUGAAUGUGGGAAAGCCUUCAGUUACUAUUCAGACCUUAUUCGACAUCAGCGAACUCACACUGGAGAAAAGCCAUAUACAUGUGAUGAGUGUGGAAAGGCUUUCAGUGAUCCCUCACCCUUUAUUCGACAUCGGAGAAUUCAUACUGGAGAAAAACCCUAUGAAUGUAAUGAAUGUGGAAAGGCUUUCAAUGACAGAUCAACCUUUAUUCAACACCAGAGAAUUCACAGUGGAGAAAAGCCUUAUGAAUGUAAUGAAUGUGGGAAAGCAUUUAGCCAAAAGAAGCAUCUUAUUCAGCACCAGAGGAUUCAUACUGGAGAAAAACCCUAUGAAUGUGGUGAAUGUGAGAAAGCAUUCAGCCAGAGGACCCAACUUAUUCAACAUCAGAAAACUCAUACGGGAGAGAAACCCUAUAAGUGUAAUGAAUGUGGAAAAUUCUUCAGCCGGAGCACACACCUUACCGAACAUCAGAAAACACACACUGGAGAGAAACCCUAUAAAUGCAAUGAAUGUGGGAAAGCUUUCACUUAUCGCUCAACCUUUAUUCGGCAUCAUAUAAUUCAUACUGGUGAGAAACCCUAUGUAUGUAAUGAAUGUGGAAAAGCCUUUAGUCAAAACUCAAUACUUACUGAGCAUUAUAAAACUCAUACUGGAGAGAAACCCUAUAAAUGUAAUGAAUGUGGGAAAGCUUUCAGUUCCUGCUCAUACCUUAACCAACAUCAGAAAACUCAUACUGGAGAGAAGCCUUAUAAGUGUAAAGAAUGUGGAAAAGCCUUUAGUUACUGUUCAUCCCUUACUCAACAUCAUAGAGUUCAUACUGGAGAGAAACCCUAUGAAUGUAAUGAGUGUGGGAAAGCCUUCAGUUGUUGGUCCAACUUUAACCAACAUCAGAAAACUCAUACUGGAGAAAAACCCUACAAAUGUAAUGAAUGUGGAACAGCCUUCAGCCUGAGCACACGUCUUUCUCAGCAUCAGAGAAUUCAUACUGGAGAAAAACCCUAUGAAUGCAAUGAGUGUGGAAAGUCUUUCAGUCUAAGCGCUCGCCUUGUUGAACAUCAGAAAACUCAUACUGGAGAGAAGCCUUAUAAAUGUAGUGAUUGUCAGAAAGCUUUCAGCCGGAGCAACCACCUUACUCAACAUCAGAAAACUCAUACUGGAGAAAAACCCUACAGAUGUAAUGAAUGUGGGAAAGCUUUUACCUGUAGUUCAUCUGUGAUCAGACAUCAAAGAUUACAUGUUUGAAAGUAAUGUAAAUGUAAUGAAUAUGGAUGAAAACUAAACUCAUUGUUCAAUAUUUUAGUCAAGUGACCUAAUAGAAAAUUAAACUGAUUAAGAGCAGACUCUCUUUGCAUCUAAGUUACCUUGUACCAUCCCUACUGCCAUAGCCCCUGUAGAGAAAUUCUUAAGUAUUUGUUGAUUCAUUGUUUGAUUAAAAUAACUUUGUUUAGUAACCCAAGUUAGAAGGGUCACUUAAGAGCUUUAGAAAGAUCAGUCUUCAGCCAAACAAGGAUCAGGGUAGGGACUAAGGUAAUCUUCUUCCUGAAGAUGGGAUGGCCAAAAAGAGAUCCUGGUUUCAGGACAGUUGGUUCUACUAGUAGCAGCAGCAUUGUCUUCUAGCAACUUUGUCUCCAUUUGGCAUCAUCUGGCCAACUGUCCCAAAGAGGUGGCAGCCACUAUCUUCAAUUAACUAGAGGCUGGGGAAAAGAGGGUCCAAGAGACCUAAAAUGUACAUAUGAGGCCUAAAGUGUAGUGUUGGUUUUUUGUUGUGAUAAUCAUUGUUUUAUGUGAAUUCUAAAAGAUCCUAUUUUAGUUUCCUAAUUGGUUUUCACUUUUUAGAGCCAAAGCCUAAAAUGUUUUGAAGCCGUUGGAUUAAGUUGGUGAAUUUGAAAAUCCUGUGCAAUAAAGCUCCUACUUUACUCUCCUAGGAAUGGAAUAAUCAUAAUUAGAACAGAGUAGCUCAGUGCAGUUUCUUUGGGCCAGGAAUCCAGACAGCUCUUGUCUGCAGCACUGGAAUUUGCUUUUUUCUUUCCUGAAACUAAUUCUUUCUGCCUCCAUGUAUAGAUUAUGGGCAUGUAGUCCAUAUAACAUUAAGAAAGCCAGAUAUAGGGACAAAUAAAAAACCAGAAAAG